CGAGACAAACUCGCAUCGCGUCUUGCGGGAAAUCAAAACCAACACACCUUAUUUAGGCAACGAUUAUUUAUGAUAUAGAUCUAUUGUUUUUUUUUUUAAAUGUGUUAUUAUGUCUUACUGAAUAGACUAAUAUCAACAUAAACCAAGCGAUGACUGUCAUGUGCGCGCAUGUAUUAUCAGUUUUAUGGAUGUCACUCGGUCAAGGUCCACGAUCCUGAUGCGAGUAGCAAGACUGGAUUUCUUUCCUUUGGGCCAAAAAUAUCUCACUCAAACAAAUUCCUUUAUUAAAGGGGAGAAUUUAAGAUACUGAUUACUGUUCUACUCUAGAAUGGAAGCCCUCUGGCACUGGAAGAAGGUGGACGCACUGAAACGAGGAGAACUUUGAUUGCCGAAAAUAUGGAUAGAUGCAUGGAUUUGUUCAAAUGAAUGACACGAACGACAUGUGCUUCACAAUCAUGUCAUUUCAGAACAACUAACGUGGAGUGUUCAUAGGAAUACGCAUAUUUGUGAGCUGAAUCGCCCGUAUAAACGGUGAAGGGAAGAAAAACAUCUCACGGAUAUUUCCUGUCACAGGGAAAUGUACUUUACCGUAUAAUUUCCGUUUUGAAAGUCAAGUAAAUAUUGUAAUUUACAUACAGUGGCCUAUACACAUUAUAUGUCACUAUAGCUUACUGAGUUGAUCGAAAACUGUCAGUAUGUCGGCGGUAAUGAUGACACGGAAGGUACGAAAAUGGGAAAAGCUCCCAGGGAAAAACACUUUCUGCUGUGAUGGACGCGUAAUGAUGGCCCGGCAGAAAGGCGUCUUCUAUCUAACCUUAUUUCUCAUCGUUGGCACCUGCUCCUUGUUCUUCGCAUUCGAGUGCCCAUACCUGGCAAUCCACCUGUCCCCUGCCAUCCCGGUCUUCGCUAUCCUCCUCUUCUUUUUCGUCAUGGCCAUGCUGCUGAGGACCAGCUUUAGUGACCCGGGCGUGUUGCCGCGCGCACUCCCCGAGGAGGCCACCUUCAUCGAGAUGGAGAUCGAGGCGACCAAUGGGAACGUCCCGGCUGGGCAGCGGCCUCCACCUCGGAUCCGCAACGUCCAAAUCAAUGGGCAGAUCGUCAAACUGAAGUACUGCUACACCUGCAAGAUCUUCCGACCACCUCGUGCCUCACACUGCAGUAUAUGUGACAACUGCGUGGAUCGCUUUGACCAUCACUGCCCCUGGGUGGGCAACUGUGUGGGCAAGAGGAACUACCGUUACUUCUACCUGUUCACCCUGUCCCUGUCUCUGCUCACCAUCUACAUCUUCACCUUCAAUAUCAUACACGUGGUGAUGCGCUCGGUGAACUCCGGGUUUGUGAAGACACUACAGGACACACCUGGGACUGUGCUGGAAGUGCUGGUGUGCUUCUUCACCUUGUGGUCAGUGGUGGGACUGACAGGCUUCCAUACUUACCUGAUCUCCCUCAACCAGACCACCAAUGAGGACAUCAAAGGCUCGUGGUCUGGAAAGAACCGGGUGCAGAACCCCUACAGCCACAAGAACAUCAUCAAUAACUGCUGUGAAGUGCUGUGUGGGCCUGCAUACCCCAGUGUCUUGGACAGAAGAGGUCUGAUGCGGGAUGAUUUGCCUGUUCCCACAUCCGCUGCCGAGCCUGCCACCAACAGCAAUCCAGUGCCACAGACCACAAAAACUACAGCUCCACUCAUCCCCAACGAGCACACCCCUGACGACGCCAAGCCCAGCAUGGCAGACUCUGCCAUCGCUUAUGCAGAGAAAAGAAGCCCCUCCCCCAGGGAGGAGAAGCUGCCCAGUCUACCCAAAUCCUCGCCGACUCCCACCAAAGUCCCGCCCUUGGCCUCACCUGAAACUGACGCGGAGGCCUCAAUUAUUGCCAAGGAUAAGGCACUCUAGCUGCAUGAUGUUUUUUUUUUCCUUGCCCCUCCCACAGUCAGUCACAACCUUUCCCUAAAGCGCUCUGUCUGGACCUGUGAGGGAGACACUUUAAUCAGCUGCUAUAUGAGUGAGAAGCAUCUGCCUGUAAUGAGUGGAGAAUAACUGCAAGGCUCUGACUCCCUGCUCAUUCCACCAGAUAUGCAGAGUUGGUGCCCCCACCAAACCUGCAUCCCCCCUAAGUUAGUGACUGCAGGACUGCUUGAUUGACAUUUACACUCCAGAAGGAUGGUAGCUCGGCACCUUUCUCCUCCCCCUGAACAUUGCAUGGAAAACACAGAUAAUGGGGAAACUAGGAACUGUGAACCCACUGGAUGCAGAUGACUGUAUAUCCUGGGGAGUGUUCGGCUGAAGGGGUCCUAAAAUACCCAGGCGCCUCUGGAUCGUGGCUACUGGUGGACUCUGAUUGUUAAUGCUACUAUUUCUCUGUCUUUUGUUUUAUAGCUGUGAUGAUUUUUUUAAUGUGAAGAAGCCAGUUCUAAAAUACUUAGCAUUGCAAAAUAUCUGACAUACACUUAUUGUAAAGCCUCUAACACAUUCACACUAUUAGUCUGUUCUCAGAACCACACCGAUCAGGCCCCUAUGCAAUCCAUGGGAAGCUGGGCAGUUGGCACAACAGCUAUUAGGAUGAUGAGGAAAUAAGGACUGACAGCUAGUUUAGGGUGUGUUGAACAGUAAAACAUGGCAGGGGGGAUUUUCAUUUCAAUUCAGUCCAUUCAGAAAGUAUUCCGUUGACCCUCUGAAUUGACUUUAUUUAUAAUUACGGCCCCAACUUGUGUGUGUGAGAGAGACAGAAGGCCUGUUUGCUGUUGACACUAGUUACAGUGCCUUAUCAAAAAGCUGCGCUGUCACAUGCAACUAUAACUAAGAUGGUCUAGCUACAGAGACCCUAAGACUCCAGUUCAUGACUCAGCACUCCAAGUCGUACAUGCCAACUGUAAAUAACGUCCCUUUUUAUACAGUUACAAAUGAGACUUAGAGACAGCAGAGAAUGACGUAAAGCCAUUGUUUAAAUGUAAAUAAUAUAUGUAGGUGUUGAAAAAACUAUUUGGUCUAUUGCUGAUGAAAAGGGAAGAUUGAGAAAAGAGAACCAGGUCGUCUCUGUUUUUGAGUGUAUGUGGCCAGUGUUAGAUUUUUGCCUGUGAAUGAACAUCCACCCUGCUUCUUGCAAGUCAUGCAACUUUUUAAUUUUUCCUCUUAGCUUCCACUGUCAACUUGGUGCCCUUGCUCCUUAUCAUCCACCUAUUGCUGAGGACAGCUUUCAUUAUCUCCAUUUCUCUUCCUCUCUGUGUUUCCCAGGGAAGAUAUUCAGUACACCAGCCAUCUGUGGCGGGCUCAUUAUCAAACUGUAAAAGUGAGACGGCAGCUGCUUUCUCUCUUCUCUUUCUCAUCUGUACAUUUCACACCAAACGGAGCAGAGGAUUGAGGGUUUAUGGGAGGCGGGCAAGGUGUGUGAGAAUUUCAGCUGCUUUUCAACUAGGCUAGGAUUCACAAAUGACGGUCAGUGACAAUUGGGGGAUAUGUUAAACUGCUAUUGGUUGACAACGGAGAGAGUUUGUAUUACUCAUUGUGUUGUAUGUAAGGCAGAGUAAUUGUGCUGUAUACUUAUAUAGAAACUCUAGUUAACAAUGUUGAGUCCUUAAGCCAUCUGAUAGGCCCAAGAUGAUCAUUUAUACAUCAAUAGAAUAAUAUUUUAGUAAUCUGAUUUAAUUCAUAUAAAGGAUUGCAGUACUACUGUAUAUGGCCAAGCAGUAUGUUUAAACUUCUGUUAAUUUGAUUUAAUUUCACAAAUCUUAUCCAUUCCAGUGCAUUUGAAUUAGGAAUGUAAGUAGGGGAGUUACUAGUUGUUAAAAUGUACACUCAAUAACAUUACAACAGUAACCCAGACUCUAUCCUGAUUUGAACUAUAAGUAAACACAACCAUCUAGGCCCUUGCAGUGUUUUUAUCACUAUUUUAAUUGUGCUCAGAAGGUGUAGGGUGAGGUUUCUCUAGAUGCAGAUCUUGAUUCAGAAUUUUACUUACUAAUGGUUAAGGUUAGGAUUGGGGGACGGUAAACUGAUCCUAAAUCUGUACCAAGGGGAGAUUUCACCCCAGAGCUGCCGAUAAUGUAAGCUGCCUUUUUGAAACAGACAACAAAGGGAUGUUUUAAUCAAAAAGUGGUAAAGAUUAUUUUCUGAAUUUCUAUGUAUGUAAUUGUGAGAAGGUCUUUCGGUAAAUGUAUUCUAUUGUAAUCAUUUUUUUCCCAAUUUUUUUUUUCAUCUUUCGGAGCAGUUCUUAGGCUUUACCCUCAAACCAAUCUUCCUAUCAAUUGAAGUUGAAAGAGUUUUAGUCCCUGAAUAGUUUUCGGUUCUGGACAGUUGUAAAGAUUCUCUCUGGAUAGAUAAUUCCCUGCUGUAUUGCUUCAAUGGAGAGUGUGACUACUUGUGAUUAACAAAUGACAAGUGGAAUGUUCAUGUUUAAGCUGGUUGAAGGCUAAUUGAACGGAUCGGACCCUUUUACUAUAUGCCAUCUCUAUUGUUAUAUAGUAACAUUACAUCAAAUGACCUGA